AUGUCUAAGGAAUUGUGUGAAUUAAUUAAUACGAUCGAUAAAUAUUUUGAUGAUGAUCUGAAAAAUCCGGGAGAACAUACUCCUACGAAUACAUUAAAUAUAUUUUUAUCUAAUUGUAACUGUAGUAGUGAUGAAGAAAAGAUUAUCUGUGGUUUUAUAAUAUUACUAAAUACGCUUGAUGUUGAAAAUUUAAAAAGAGAUAAAAUUGUUGAAUACGCUAUUUUAUGGUUAAGUUAUAAACUAAAUCAAAAAAAAAAAAAUGAAACGACCAGAUUAAACGAUUUUCAUACUGGACAUAUAAAAGCAAAUAGUUGUUAUAAUGAGCAAAUAUCUACUAAUAUUGAUAAUAAUAAGAUAUAUAUGGAUUUUAUAGAUGAAAAAAUAGAAUCGAUGGAUAUUGAUAUUAAAGAUAUAUCUAAUUUUUAUGAUGCAUUUAAAUCAUUAUGUAACAUGUAUAGUGAAAUUGGUACAGAAAAAAAACAAUGCAAGACAUGUUUAGAAAAUGGUGGAGAAUUGCUAGAAAAAUAUGAAAAACUUAAAAAUGGUUUAGAUAUUAAUAAAGGAAGUUCUUAUUUACAAUUAUUGUCUAGUUUAUCAAAUGAUUAUAAAAAUUUUAAACAGGAAUAUAGUGCUGAAUGUAGUAGUAUCUCACCACUUGUAGCUUGUCCACGAAGUUCAGUAACAAAAAAUACACUAAUUACAAUUGCAAUUAUAUUUGCUGCAGCAUCAAUUUUAUUGGGAAUUUCUUAUAAGUAUUCGUUAUUUGGAUUUCGGAAACGAUCUAAAAAACAACAUUUAAGAGAAAAGCUAAAAAAGUAA